AUGUGUUCCCCGCUGCUCAUCCCUGGCAGCCCGUUUACCUUUCGUGUCUCCUUCGUCGAAGUCCACCCUAACGUGCCGCUAGUGAGGCUAUGGGGGCUGCCCGGCGAACGCAGAGCGGAAUAUUUGCGGCUGAUGAAGGACCUCCAAGUCAAAGUGGGGCCCCGCUUGGCGAACGCUCCCGGGGACCGCGGGGGCCGAGGCGACGGCGACAACGAGGGCGAAGCCCUGGCUCUGGGUGACCUGUGCCUGGUGGAGCUGAGUGGGCGGUGGCACCGCUGCCGUAUCGUCAGCUGCCGGCCUAAGCCGGGGCAAAACUACCGCGUCUUUCUGCUGGACGAGGGCCGCACGGUGAGCGCCAGCUCCUACUACUUGGCGCGGGGCCGCAGCGAACUCUUUCACUUGCCGUCCGAAGUCAUGGGAUGCAUCGUUGCAGACUUGCUCCCGCCCGGCCAUUUCGGGGCAUCCUUGGCCACCACUCUUAGGGGCUCAAAGACCACGCUAGGAUCCCAGACACUGGAUUUACAAUGGGGGGCUGAGGCAAUCGACUUUUUGGGUUUCCUACAUGGCAAAGAGCUGUCGGGGGUCAUCCGAAAAGUGCUGAUCUCGCAGUGCCUUGUGGUGCUGGAAGUGUCCUGGUUGCUGACACAGAUGCGCCAUCUUGGGCUUGCCAGUCUUACCUCUACUGCUUUUGGCACCCUACUAAGUGCUAUCUUAGAAGUUCCUGAAAUUGCUUCUGUCCCAUUAGAGCCAACUUCCACUUUGUCCCAACCCCCAGUCCUUACUUCUGCUGCCCAGUCCAAGAAGGAUCAUGCCAUAAUGGAUUUCUUCUAUCCUCAACUGGAGUUGAAUGUGACUGUUCCUGUGGUGGUGACUCAAAUCUCUGAUCCAUAUAGAAUAUAUUGCCAGCUACGUAGUCUUUCUAAAGAAAUCCAACUACUUUCAGAUGCUAUGUGCCAAGCUUUUGAGGUAUCAAAGGGAAAAUUUGUAGAAGAGGCUUUACCUACCCCAGGCUUUCCCUGUGCAGCCCAAGGUAUAGAUGGAUGCUGGUAUCGAACUUUGUUAUUAGAAACAUACCCAGCAAAUGAUCAAGAGGAUCAACCAGAAGCAGUGGCACAAGUCAUUUGUGUGGAUUAUGGCAGGAAAGAGUUUGUAACAAAGAGACAUCUGCGCAACUUACCUGUUGAAUAUUUCCGCAUGCCAGUAGUCACCUACCCUUGCUCACUGCAAGGUAUUACCGAUGGAGGUUGUGGCUGGACCCAUUCACAAAUUAAUCAACUUAAAACAUUGCUCUUAGGCAAGGUAGUACAAGCUCACAUCGAAGCUUACUGUCCCUUUGAGCAUAUCUAUUACAUUACCCUAUAUGGGGAAGAUGGUCUCAACCUUAACUGCCUGUAUGGGGUGCAGGCACAUUGCCUGGCUCAAAAUCUCCUGCACAGUAAUCAAGAAUGCAUCUCUGGUUUAAUUACUGAAUCAGAAAACUUGGGUGUCUCAGUCCAAAAGGAAUUUGCUGCUUUGUCAGAGAUAUUGCCUAGUAUUGCUGCUACUCCAUUUUUUGUUGUGCGUCUGAAGGCAGGUGAAUACCAUAAUGUUCAGGUGUCAUUUCUUCAUGACCCUUCAGAAUUCUGGGUACAGUUGCAGAAACUUAAACAGCCACUUAGUCACCUGCGGCGAAAUUUAAGAGAUUUUUAUUCUCGGAGUAAGAAACUAGAAUGUAUUCUACUUGAGCCUAAGGUAGGAUCCCUCUGCUGUGUCAUGUUGAAGGAAAACUCUUAUCAUCGUGCCCUUGUUACUAAAGUUCAAGGAAAAGGAAUUGUGGUGUAUUUAGUGGAUUGGGGAAACACUGAAGUAGUUGACUUGUAUAAAGUGAAGAAGUUGCUUCCCCAAUUCAGGGAACUUCCUGCUGUGGCAGUCCGGUGUGCAGUGGAUAAUCCUUUCCCAGGUCAGGCGUGGAACCCAGAAGCUGUUGAUUAUUUUAGGAAAUCUGUGCUAAACAAGGAAUUGAUGAUCAAAGUUCUAGGCAUGCAAGGAGAUGUUUAUAUAGUUGAACUGUUUGAUAAUUCUCUAGUGGGAGAAAAAAAUUUGGCUAAAAUCAUGUCCCAGAGAAAGUACAUAAAGCACCAUGAAGUACUAGAAACUCUCCAGGCAAUAUCAGACAAGCUAUUGGCAGGAGAUCCUGAACCUCUGGAUGACAGUGAUAAUUCAUCAUGUGAGAUACAGAACUAUUCUGAAAUAAAGGCAGGCGAAGAACAGCUUGAAUUUGGAAGUACAGUUGAUGUGAUUGUAACACACAUAGAAAAUCCUAGUCAUUUUUGGUGUCGAUUAUUUAAGAAUUCCCAUGAACUGAAUAUACUUAUGGCUAAAAUUCAGGGUUAUUGUAUACAUUCAGCAGAGCUUCAUGAAUGGCCAAAUUCGGUAUGUUUGGCUAAGUGUUCUGAGGAUAAAAAAUGGUACAGAGCUGUUAUCAUUAAUAAGGUUCAUUACCCAGAAGAGGUUGAAGUUGCUUAUGUUGAUUACGGAAAGAAAAAGCAUGUUUCACUGAAAAAUAUUCGUGCAACUACAGCAGAGUUUCUGAAACUAAAAGCUCAAGCUUUCAGAUGUAGCCUUUACAAUUUAAUUCAGCCAAAACUUACAAAUCCUUUUGUUUGGGAUAAAAAAGCCAUCCAAACAUUUCAUGAAUUUGUGGAUUCAGGAUCUAAACUGUCACUGAAAUGUAUUAUAUUUGCUUUAGCAGCAUUGAAUGGUACAGAACUUUUUAAUAUUGUUGACCUUAUUACUCCUUUCGAAAGUGCUUGCCAUUUUUUAAUAAGAAAGGAUCUAGCCACAUUUGUACAAAGAGAGAAACCCUUGGUAUCAUCUGUUCAACUUCUGUCAUACUAUUACUCAACCCACAAUAUCAAAAGAGGAAAUGAAGAGAUUGUUUAUGUCACACAUGUUAAUAGUCCAUGUUUUUUUUUCUGCCAACUUGCUAGGAAUUCAAAUGCUCUUGAAAAUUUAACUAGUAACAUUAGUAAACUAAGCAAAAUGUACAAUUUGCAAACUUCACCCACCUCUAGAAAUUUGUAUCUUGCAAAGUAUACUGAUGACUGCUGGUAUAGGGCUGUAGUAACUUCAAAAAAUGAUAGCAAAGAAGUUUUUUUUGUAGAUUUUGGGAAUACACAAUUAUUAAAAAAUGAAGACCUGAUUGUAGUACCAAAUGAUGCUUACGAGUUAAUGCUUUUGCCUAUGCAGGCUAUAAAAUGUUCUCUAUCUGAUAUUGUUGAUCCACCAAAAGAUGCUAUUGAGUGGUUUGAAAAGGCAGUGUUAGAUAAGCCCUUAAAAGCUUUGAUUGUAGCAAAAGAUCCUGAUGGAACAUUGAUAAUUGAACUGUAUGAUGGUAAAGUACAGAUCAAUGCAAAAUUGAAACAAAGCUUAGGUUUGCAGGCUAGCAAAGAGAUCACUGAAAACACAGAAAACUGCACUCUGUCUUCCCAAUACUCAGUUAAUACGGAAGAAAACAGUGAAAGGGAGCUAGGUUUGGUAGAUUUUGUCAAACCUGUCCUUGAGGAAAAUAUUAGAUCUAGUGCUGUUUUUGAAGAAACAUGCCAAUUGCAGCAGAAAAUUAAAAAAGAGGUAGCAAGAAAAUUCCUAGGAAUCACAGAAGGCUCUAGCAAAAGUAAUUAUGUGGCAGAUUGGAGGGACAUGAAAUGUUUAGACCUUCAUAAGAAUGGGGAGAUAUGUGAUAUUAGAAAUAAAUCCAAAUCAGUAACACAUUCUUCUAAAAAUAUAUAUGAACUACCUCAAAAAAGCAUAAAACCUGGUCUUAAAUCUUUAGUGUAUGUUUCUCACAUAAAUAAUCUUUCUGACUUUUAUGUACAGUUUGUAGAAGAUGAGCCUAUCCUUGAUAAUAUAUCAGAGAAAAUAAACAGCUCUAAAACAGUUUCAAGCUUAGUGGGGCAACAGCUUAAUGUAGGAGAUUUAAUAUGUGCAAUUUAUUCAGAAGAUGGCUUAUGGUAUCGAGCUGUAAUUAUUACAGAGUCCACUAGUGAAAUGGUAGAAGUACAGUAUAUUGAUUAUGGCAAUACUGCGGUAGUUAGCAUUCAUAAAACAUGCAAACUUGUUGAAGACUGUUUAUCUUUCCCUGUAAUGAGCAUCCAUUGUACCCUGGGUAGUAUUAAGAUGUCAGAGAUUUCAGAAUGGACACAAAAAGCAGUGGUGUACUUCUCCCAAAAGACAAGUGAGGUUCAGAUGAACGGUCAAUUUGUUGAGAAAGUAGAAGACAAAUGGGAAAUAACACUCAGUGAUGAAAAAGGUGAUAUAACGGUUGAUAUGAUUAAUAGUUGCCUUGAAUAUAAAAAAUAUGACCUGAUAGAGACAUCUGACAAAGCAUCUGAUAAGAUAGGCAAAGUAAGCUUAUGUGAAGAUAUUCUUUCUAAUGAGCACAGUAGACGUUCAGUUAGCAAAUCAUUUCUCUGGAAGACACCUAAGAUAGGUGAAACUAUAAAAGCCUUUUCAUUAGUUCCAAAGAAUCCAGGAUAUUUUUGGUGUCAGUUCACUGAAAAUGAUAUUAGUUCAAUUGAAAUAAAACUUCAGGAAGCUGAAGAACAUGCAAAAAUCCAUGCUGAUGAUCUUAAAAAUGGCAGUCCUUGUCUAGCAAAGUCUAGUGAUAAUUUAUUUCACCGAGCAGUUGUUAGUCAUAUAGAGGAAAAUUCCUUGACAGUAAUCAACAUUGAUUAUGGAAUUGAGAAACUUGUCAGCAUAGACGUGAUCAGGCAAAUUCCUGAUGAACUGUUAAUAAUUCCACCGCAAGCAUUUUUGUGUUGUCUCUUCGGCUUUAAUUCUGAAAAAGGUUCAUGGGCUGAAGGAAUAAAUGAAAUUUUCUAUGAUAUGAUAGCUGAUCUUCCAUUAGAGAUUACAAUUAUGGACAAACUGAACUAUGGUUCUCUUGAAAUUCCCUUGUUUGUAGUUAAAUUGGAAUGUCAAAAUAUAAGCAUCAAUGAACAAGUGAAAUACUUUUGGAAACAUAAUGCUGAAAGUGAUGAUUCCACUAUUGCAAAUAAUUACAACCUUGAAGAGCAGAUUAGAAAUCCAGAAAAAGAGAAUUCAAAAUCAGUUCCAUUUGAAACAGAAAUUUCUGUGUGUACAACAAUGACCCCCAAAAAUAGUAGUUUGGAAGAUGUAUUCUGUUGUCCAAAUCUAUUACAGUCAGUAGACAAAUGUUUUGGUGUCAGAGACAGGAUUUUAUCAGAAACAUCUGCACAGCCAUCCAAAAAUCAAAUCAAGCACCACUUUAUCACCCAUGAAAUAUUUCAUACAGGGAACCAGCAGACCACAUUUGAUACAUGUAAUAAUGAAACAAGCCAUUCUGCAUUUGGAAACAGAAAAAACAUAACAGAUUCUAUAGGUCUUUCUGAAAUACAGCUUUCUACUUAUGAAAUUGAAUAUGAUACACUUGAAUCUCGGGGAGAAGCAGAAGACAAAGAAAUAUUAAUGCUAGAUUCUCCUGAAAUUCAGUUGCCUUUGGAUGAUACAAAGAAGUUGUCAGACUUUGAGCCCUUACAAGUGUUUCCCCAAUUAAAUAAUGUAAAGAACAUGCCAGAAAAAGAGAAGUUAAAAAUGUCCUUGUUGGAAGACAUGCUACAGCCAAAGACAAUAGGAAUAAAAGCUUAUGAUGAAGCACAAAAUAAGUCAGAAUUGCAUGUAUUUGAACCACAACAUGUGGAAGGACAGUUAGUACACAAAAUAGAAGAAAAUACUUCACUAAUGAACGAAAAUGUAAUAGAAAUGAUGGCACCUGAAGCUUUUCCUUUACUGACUGAGAAAGCCAGCAAUAAUACGCUCUCUUUGCAACACCCUGCUUUGUCUGUUCCUGAAGAUAAUAAAAUCCAGUCAUUUUUAGAAAUAAAAGUUAAGCCACAAGAAUUCUGUUCCAUUGAAGGCCUUGAAGAGUGUAAACUUGGAAAAAGUGAUAAAAAGCUCAAUUUUACAGAAGGGCAAACUGCAUUAGGAAAGAAUUAUGAAGAAAUGCAGAAGAGCACUCAUGGAAGUUUUAAAGACAGUAUUUGUGUUGAAAAAGAUUAUUUAACAGAUAUACAGCUAAGUGAACUGGAUGAAACCUUAAUACAUGAUACAGAAAAAAAAGAAAAUAUUUGCAACUUAAUGGGAUUUGAUAUUGGUUCCCAAUGCAUGGUACGAUCUGGUACUCAGUGGUACAAGGCUGAGAUUUUAGGCAUAUCUCCUGAAGGUACAAAGGUUUUGAAUCUUUCAAAUGGAAAUGAAGAGAUAGUCAAUCCUAUACAUGUUUGGAAUGGGAUUCCUGAAUUGGAUUCAGAUCUUACUCAGACAAUGUCCAAUAAUAAAACAGAUUUGCACUCUAUGCCAGCAACUAUCUUGGCAAUGGAAGUGGAAGAAAUGACUCAUGAUUCAGAUGACAAUACAUCAAUUCAUUUGUGA